GCCAUGCGCACCAAAAUUCUCUGAAUACCGUCGACGCAAACACCGCACCUAACAACGCAGGGGCUGCGCUUCUAUCGUUUGGACUAAUUUUCCUUGAAAAUUCGGCCAAAAUUUAAUUCCAGUGCACGCAGGUAAUAGAAUCACGGCUUUCGAGUGCUGCGUAUGAUUCACGGUUUUGGCGAGAAUCGGGAAUAUCCACGACUCAGGACAGUUUAGAGCGUUCCUCAAGAGAAGCAGCCGACUUUGCUGGACUUAAGAACCGACCCACGGAGCUUUCCAAAUCGCCGUGCCGGAAUCUCCAUAUUAGGCGAGUGUCUCUUCUCGGAGAACAUUCUUCUUCAAAAAUAACACCAAUCACCCGGCCGGCCCUACAUAGGUCCUUAUUUUUGCUGAAAUAACCCUUCAAAAUGGACACAGAAUUUACGGACGACCUCCAAAAUGAGGAUCCCUCCGAACAAGUUGCCGAGGAAAAGCCAAAGAAAAAGGUCAAGAAGUCCAAAAGCUCCGGCGAGACAAAAACCAAAAAAACCAAAACCAAGAAAACAGUCGAGAAGCAAAGCAUUUCCGUGAAAUCGAGCUUUAGCAAGUUCGACGCCAUCGAGAAAUCGAGCUCUCGAAUUCACGUUCGCUCGAGCGAUGCCAGUGAGGCCGCCAGAACUUUUUCCAAGGAAAGCGAUGGCAGCGGCUCCAAGUUGUGCCGCAAGUGCAACUCGCAGGUGUUCCAGAUGGAGCAAAUUAAAGCAGAGAGAGCCGUUUGGCACAAAUCCUGUUUUCGGUGCAAAGAAUGCAACAAGCAAUUGUCAAUUGACACUUACGGCAGCCACGAAGGAGAGCUCUACUGCAAACCCCACCUUCGAGAGCUUUUCAAGCCAAAGACAGUUGAAAUUGAGGAAGAAGUCAAUCCUUUCCGCAGAUUGAAGCCAAAAAUGAUCAUUUGUGAAAAUACUCCUGAAGAGCUGCCACCUGACGUUGUUAGAGCCAGCGAAAAGCCUGACUUGGGCUUGGACGAAUUAGGGGGCAUCAACAUCAAGUCUCGGUUCCAAGUUUUCGAGAGCACUACCAACGGCAAAGAUGAAGAGGAGGAGUCGUCAGGAAAUAAAGUAUUUGUCAAGAGAUCUCCCAGCAUCCUCAGCAAACUGGCAAAGUUCCAGUCAAAAGGAAUGGACGUCGGAGUCAACGACGCUGAUUUUCUCAACGGAAUCCCCAUCGAGGAUUCAGAUUCCGAGUCUGAAGGUGGCGACCUGAAUGACGAAUCUGAGGAGGAGGCCGAGGAGAAUGCGGAGCCCACUGAACCCAAGAAGAGCAAGAAGAAGAAAGUGGUACCCUUGGUAACCAAACGGUUGGACGACGACAUGAAGAACAUGUGGGAGCAGUCGCAACACGAGCGGCGCGAAGAACAGAAAGCCCAAAGAAAGGAAGAAGUGCAGAAGCUCCGCUCCAAACUGCUCAUGGGAAAAUGCGGUCGAAUCAAAGAGAUGUACACUCAGGCAGUGCAGGAGUCGGAGAGUCAGAAACCCAAAAGCAAAGCAGCUGAGGAGCUUGAAAUCAUCAACGCUCAGGCCAGGGCUCUCCGAGAAAGGUUCGAGAGAGGAGAAAUCACAAAUGCUGAUGAUGACGAGGAAGACGAGGACAGCGCAAAGAGGGACAAAAAUGAUGAUCUUGAAGCUGUCGAAUUUGGAAUCUCCAAGAAAUCUCGGUCUCUCUUCCUAGAAAUGGACUCUGCUUCAAAGCAACCCUUGCAACCUCCCCCAAAGCUGAGAACACCCACAACACCUUCUAAAAAGAUAACGUUUGUGAGAAACAGUAUAGUCGAAAAUGAGGAUGAUGUAGUCAAGGCGUCGGACAAAAUUGAAGACUUUGAGGUUCAGACAGAAACGAUUUCGUCAAGGUUUAAGUUCUUUGAACAGUAUCAGCAGAAUCAGCCAGACAAACCGAAAAAGGUGUUCAGAAUUACCCCUCCCAGAGAUGGUGUGGUCAAGGAGGACUCUCCGGACAGACCCAUUUACAGGGAUGAGGAAAUUGUGAGGGCCGACGAGCGCCCCAUGGAGGAGGAGUUGGUGCGGAGCCAAACGGCAAGCCGGAUGCUCAACCUUUUCAGGCAGAUGGAAAGGGACGGCAGCAGAGACAACAUUCCUGCUGGCCCGAAACCUCUGAAGUGCUUUACUCCCCCGCCAGAUUACAGACCUAGCAAUGACUCGGAGGAUUCGGAGGAAGAAGAGUCUGAGGAGGAAGACGAAGAGGAAGAGGAAGAGGACGACGAGGACAGAGUUCCUGGGGUUGUGAGGGCAACAGACAAGAUUGAAGACGAUUUUUUGAAAUCGGCCAGUUCUGCAGCCCAUGCCAAAGCAUUGAGGGCCAAGUUCGAAAAGUGGGAGAGCACAAUGGCCAACAAAGAGAACGAGGAUGAUGAUGAAAAAGACGAUUCCAAUGAGAGGGAAAGUCUGGAGUCGACCUCUAAUUUGAGGGCUAUGUUUGAAAGCAUGAACACCAAGCAGACCACCAACCAAGGCGUGCUUACCAGAGAAAGACCGAGGGUCAACAGAUUCGUCCCUGACGAAUCAGUUAAAUCACAAGAACUUCUUAUCGAUUUUGGAGUGACUUCGGCAACCUCUGCAGAGUCUCAACCAAGCUCACCAAUCACCGAUCAAACUGUCAGCCUGCUCGACUAAAAUUUAAUAAUUUGACUAAAAUAUUAUACUCGUAAUAGGCAUCUAAAAGAGUAAUGUUGUCUAGUCUCAAUGACACCUUAUACUAGAAGUAAAGUUCACACUUUUAGCUUUAAUUGCAAGUGAGGAACAAAACAUAUUAUAUCUUGCCCCGUCUUCCCUGUGACGCUUAAUUUAGAUCUUGCCAGAAAAAUCUCUUGAUGUGAAGCAGCUGUAUGUUUUUUUAUUAUUAUUUUGUAGUUUAUGGAAAUUUUUUAAAUUGUGAGGGAUGUGAUUUGUUUACUAAAUAAUCUGAAAUAUUCUCAAAUAAAAUGGUAUUAUCUUUUCAGAAAAUUUAAUUUAUCACAUCUUGUGCCAACUAAAAUUUAUAUGAGCUCUGAAAAAUCUCAAGUUAAUGCUCUUUUUGUAGAAAGUUUUAAUGCAAAUAGUGCUGCUCAAAAUAAUUAUUGCUUAUUAAUCUACAAUAUCUACACUCACUCUAAAAACUGCAACAUUGUUGUAUAGCAUUAGAAGGUGCGUUUUGUAUUUAAUAACUGAUGCAAUAUGUUACCAGAUUGUGGCACCUUUGCUAAAUUAUAAAUUGUUGCAACAAAAUUUUGUAAUAUAUAACGCUGGAUGCAAGUAAUUCAAAGUUUGCUCUAGACUUGAAACUAUUUGUAGGUUUCAUACUUUUUCAAUAACCAAGAAAGUCGUGUGUACUUAUAGCAGUCGAGCAAUCUGUUAUUCUAUAAAUUCGGAGUAAAACAUAAUUUUUGGAAAUUAUUGUUCAAGCUUCAUUUAUUUUGAAGCAAUUUGAUGGAUCAUCUGCUGUUCAUAUCAUAUUAUUUAAUCUCACUGUUUUUAACAAAAUGGAUUGUUAUUUCAAAGCCCUUAACAAACUAGUGCAGAAAAUAUUUAUUUGCAUAUGUAAUAUGUUGCCUUUUAUUGAAAUAAAUUUUAUGCAUGGC